AUGCACGCCGGUCAGGAGGUGGUGGUGGAGUGGGAGGAGGGAGGGAGGGAGCAGAGACAAGACGCAGAGAGAGACAGAGGAGGAAAAGGAACGACACGAACGAGCGAGAAGGGGAAGCGAUUGGCGAUCGAUGGUUGGCGGGAGAUGGGGCCCCAAGCCUGGAAGCGACCUCAGCGUCGUCUGUUCUCCUCCACGGGCCCCCCAUGCAAAGAGGGACAUGGACCCUGGGAUGGCGUGCGGAUUGGUGUGGAUGGGGGUAACGCACGCACACCAGACGCAGACGAACAACGAACCACAGCUGCUAGCACCGUCUCUGAUCCGUCUCCUCCUCCUCCCUCCUCCCACUGGGACAAGACAAGACGGGGAGAGGAACCAUCUGUGGGAGGUCGUGUUCAACAUCCUGGUCACCUCCACCGGGCGCAGGCCAGCCGCGGUGUCGUGUGGUCGAACAGUCUAGACUGGCCCGUCGUGGUCGAAGUCCUUGUUGGUGUGAGGAAACAAGAGAUUGAGGGUCCGGGAUUGGAGCAAGGAACAAUUUGCCUGGAAGUGAGCGACGACGAUACGUACCGACAAGUGACCUUUGUCAAGCCUCAAGCAUCAGAGUAA